AUGAAACUCUCCGCUCUGCUCUUGGCCGCUCUAGCUACAGGUGUCUCUGCACAUUAUCGAUUUACCUCACUGAUCACUGGGUCGACAACAACGUCCCCAUAUCAGUAUGUGCGGCAGAAUACCAAUAUCAACUCGCCUGUGACGGAUGUCUCGUCCCUUGACUUCCGCUGCAAUGCUGGGGCCCUCGCCUCGGGGCCCUCCACCUCGACGGCCACAGUCUCGGCUGGCUCAACAAUUGGAUUUGCUCUCGAUGCCUCUAUCGGGCAUCCUGGUCCUUUGUACGUAUACAUGGCCAAGGCACCCAACAGUGUUGAAGCAUCGAACUGGGAUGGUGCCGGCUCUGUUUGGUUCAAAGUCUACGAACUCAACCCUGUGACCGAUGGUGGUAGCAGUAUCACCUAUCCAGCAGAUGGCCUCACGCAAUUCACAUUCAACCUUCCGAGCUCCCUCCCCAGUGGUCAAUAUCUCGUCCGCGUCGAACACAUUGCUCUUCACGGUGCUUCGCAGUUUGGCGGUGCUCAAUUCUACAUCUCUUGCGCUCAAAUCAACGUCACCAACGGUGGUAAUGGUAAUCCUGGUCCGAAGGUACCUAUACCUGGAGUUUAUACAGGCAAUGAACCAGGCAUUUUGCUCAACAUUUAUUGGCCUGUGCCCACUACCUAUGUUGCUCCAGGGCCUUCGGUAUGGCAUGGAUGA